GUCAUCACGGGGUACAGAAGUUGGAAGGUCUGGCUUCUGUAAUUGCUUCUUCGCUGAACAUGGGCAUUGGCAGGUCGACCCAUACUCCCAGCCUUUCUCUCUCUCUAGUGUGGUGGGGCUCUAGGGAAGGUGGGUUCCAAGACACUGUGUUCUAGAUUCACCUGACCUGGAGGAGACAACCUAAUGGUUAUGCAAAUAACUUGCAUGGCUGAGGCUCUGAACUCCCAGGUUUAAACUAUAAAGUAGAACUGAGAAGUAAAUAAAUAAAUAAAUAAACAAACAAACAAUAAAAUGUAAGUAAAUAAAUAAACCAGAUUUAUUUGACUGGCUGUCUUACUUUCCUUGUGCUAGAGUUUUGUACCUGCAUGCUAUAUCUUUCCCAGUGGACUCUUGUUUUUUCAUUUUAUUGUCAGAGAGACAGAGCAAGAAAGAGAGAGGAGGAGAAACAUCAUUACACUGCCCCAUUAUUCAUGAAGUGUUCUCCAGUGCUGUGCACGGUGAUCCCAUGUAGUACCAGAGACUUGCACCAGGUCCUCAAAGCAUAGCAAAAUGGAACAAGAAGAUAAGCAGAGUGUGUGUGAAGUACAAGAUUCAGAAGAUAAAGGCAUGGGCUCUGACUUUGAGAACUCUGAAGACAGAGAAGGGGACCCAGAAGAAAGAGAAGUGAACUUGAAUCCACAGGCCACAGGCAAGAGAAGCCAUCUGGAGCAAGAAAUGGGUUCUAGUCCACAGGCUGCAGCUCUAAGAGGGGAUUCUGAGGAGAGAGAAAUAGUGUCUGGAAUGUGCACAGAGGAGCUGCUGAGUGAGGAAGAAGGCGUGGCUCUCCACGAGGAAGAGGAUGCCCCAUCUGAGAUGGUCAAGCUCCGGUGUCUGCCUGAGACCCACUGCGCUUCCCGGAGUCCCCCAGAGGAGGAAGACGACGACAACGAGGAGGAGAAUGGUGGUGAGGGCCGCUUGGAAGAGGAAGAGGAGAUGCAGGCGCCCCCUGCCGUGCUGCCCUGGAGGAGGCAGCUCUCCCUGGGAAGCCGGCACCGGAGCGACAAGCCCGUGCCCCGCCGCUUCCGCCGCCUGCACCACCCCAUGGCCUUGGACCUCGGGGAGCUGGACAGCCUGGUAGCCAGCAUCAUGGACGCGCCUACCAUCUGCCCGGACUGCGGGGAGAGCUUCAGCCCGGGCGCCGCCUUCCUGCAGCACCAGCGCAUCCACCGGCUGGCAGAGGCGGCGGCGGCCAGCAGCCUGGAGCCCUUCGCCUUCGCGGCCAGUGAGCGCGGGGCGGUGGGGGGCGUGGCGGGGGCUUUCGGGGCGGGCUCGGCGCUGGCCCGGCCCCAGCGAGAGAAGCCCUUCCGAUGCGGCGAGUGCGGCAAGGGCUUCAGCCGCAACACCUACUUGACCAACCACCUGCGCUUGCACACGGGAGAGCGGCCCAAUCUGUGUGCCGACUGCGGCAAGAGCUUCAGCUGGCGCGCCGACCUGCUCAAGCACCAGCGGCUGCACACGGGCGAGAAGCCCUACCCGUGCCCUGAGUGCGGCGAGGCCUUCAGCCUCAGCUCGCACCUGCUGAGCCACCGGCGGGCGCACGCGGCGGCCAGCGGCGCGGGGGCGGCGGUGCUGCGGCCCUUCGCGUGCGGGGAGUGCGGCAAGGGCUUCGUGCGCCGCUCGCACCUGGCCAACCACCAGCGCAUCCACACGGGCGAGAAGCCCCAUGGCUGCGGCGAGUGCGGCAAGCGCUUCAGCUGGCGCUCGGACCUGGUUAAGCACCAGCGGGUGCACACGGGCGAGAAGCCCUAUAUGUGCUCCGAGUGCGGCGAGACCUUCAGCGUCAGCUCGCACCUCUUCACGCACAAGCGCACGCACUCAGGCGAGCGGCCCUAUGUGUGCCGCGAGUGUGGCAAGGGCUUCGGCCGCAACUCUCACUUGGUCAACCACCUGCGCGUGCACACGGGCGAGAAACCCUUCCGCUGCAACCAGUGCGACAAGCGCUUCAGCGACUUCUCCACGCUCACGCAACACCAGCGCACGCACACGGGCGAGAAGCCUUAUACUUGCAUCGAGUGCGGCAAGAGCUUCAUCCAGAGCUCGCACCUCAUCCGCCACCGCCGCAUCCACACCGGCAACAAGCCGCACAAGUGCACGGGCUGUGGCAAGGGCUUCCGCUACAAAACGCACCUGGCGCAGCACCAGAAGCUGCACCUGUGCUAGGGCUGGGCUGGAGCUUGGGGGCAAGGGUUUCCCAUUCCUACGGGUCCUGGGGAUCAACGCUAGAACAACUGGGGGAAAGGAAGGGACUGGGGAGCCAACCCAAGAGCGACUGGGGAGCCUUUAGAUAUUGUGGGGUGGAGGGGGGGUAACUCCUGAAAUGGAGGGUUGAGUAAGGGUUCUUUGGGGGCGCUGUAUUUGGCCAGCCUCAUCUCCCAGGAAGACAUGCUUGGGAGGUGUGCCUGAGUUAAGGACUUACUGGAAUCCACGCUGUAGCCAGUGACAACUAUGGGGGACAGACGUUUCUAGAUCUUGAGGGAGAAAGGGGUUUGGGGGUACAGUAUGGUGGUCAGUAGUGUAGACUGGGCUAUUUGAACCUCAGGAGAGAGUGAAACUGGCGUGGGUACAAUAAAAGAUGGGUAUGCAUAAUUCUGUGUUGGUCCCACUAGGCGUUAAACCAAUGUUUAAUCUGCACCCCAUCAGUUAUAGUACCAGGAAAAGUUGGGGAACUUGAUCUGUCCUAUAGGAGAGGGUGUUUUGUAUACUCUCCCCUCCCUUUAUCUGAGCCACAGCUAGCUGCUAUUUUUGAGGCACCCGGGGGAGCUGGUAGAAAAGCUACACACCCUCAUUUCAAGUGUGUCUGUCUGUGUAUGUGGGGCGGGGGAAGAUGGGGGACACUUCUCAACUGGUUCUCAGACACACUUCCAUUGAUUUUUGUCUGUUCUGUUAGGUUUAUUUGAAAUCCUCAUGUUGGGUCAAGGUGUCUCUGUGGAUGACCAGGCCCCUGCCCCAGGUCCUCAUUUCAAGUGUGUCUGUCUGUGUAUUUGGGGGUGUGGUGGGGGACACUUCUCAACUGGUUCUCAGACAUAUUUCCAUUGAUUUUUGUCUGUUCUGUUACGUUUAUUUGAAAUCCUCAUGUUGGGUCAAGGUGUCUCUGUGGAUGACCAGGCCCCUGCCCCAGGUGUAAGGUGUGUACCUGGCCCAAAAUUUCUUCCAGGUCUCACUUUUGAGGUUUUUUAGUGCAGGGAGAUGGACCCUCCCAGCUAUGUGAUGCCUAGUUCAUGUAAAACCUCAGUCCAUCAAUAAUUGCUCCUGUGACUAGCUUCAGAAGUCAGGCAAUAACGUUUUGCCAUCCAAAUGUGAGAACUCCAGGAAAGCAAGUGUUCACACCUUGGCGUUCCAUACUCCUUUCUCUUAUUUGCCUUCUUUUUGUGUCUGUGUACCUGACCUCCACUUCUGUAACAAUGGGGGAGAAAAAUCUCCAUUUCUGUAUCUUGAUAAAGGCUCUGAUUCAAAUAGGUCCGUCAAUUUGAUGUGGGGGAAUAUAGUAGAAUGAGCUGAAGGCUUUCCACAGGGAGGUCACAAGCAGGGAGACAUGUAAAUGCAAAUUUGCCAAAUAGCACAAGCAGUGCAUGUUUUCUGGUGGUUGAUAUAAAUGCCAAACUAGUACUUUUAUAUUUGCAAAGUGAUUUCUGCUUUUUUAAUGAUUGUCCAUUGUUUCUCACGUCUUUGUGAAGUAGAUCAGUAUUAUGAGCCCUGUGGUAGGGAAGGUCUGGGGACCCAGGAGUUUGGUAGCCUGUUCUAAAGAGAUGAUGACAGUGUGGGUAGAUGUGGUCUGAUAGUUUGUGCUCUCCAACUCAGCUGCUAGGAAGACUUACCUGCCAUGAUUUAAAUAGUAAAAUAAGGACACUAUAUGCUUGCUGUUAAACUUUAUACUAGUCUAGAAGGACCAAAGAUGUCCUUGUUGACAGAGCUGGUCUUUGUCACCUCAUUAGAGUGUCCCAGACAUGUUGUAAUAAUAGUUUGGGCUUGUAGCUAGGUGACUCUUGUCAAGAUGUCACUUAUAUAUGCUGAAAGUCCCUCUGCUAGCUUAGCCUUUAGAAGUUAGACUUUGUGGAAAGCAUUGUUACUUUCUUCCCUGGUAAGUGUUACCCAUCUGGUAUUUUUCAUGGGAGCAUUUUCACAAAACUUGGACAUGCUUGAAGAGAGAGAGAGACAGAGAAAAGCAACAAAAAACAUUGAGUCCUUUUUUUCCCCCCGAUUUGUUUUUUCUAUUGUUUUUGCAAACUUUCUGCGGGUGCUGAAAAUUUAUACUUGAUCAACUGUAUUCUAGCAAAGAACCUCGGGGGAACUGUAGGGAAGCAUGCUUAUCAUUAGGGAAAAAACACUAUGUAAAAAAAUGUUCUGAGAAUUCUGGACUUCUAUGGUGCCUGUUGGCCUUGCCCUUUGAAUCAGUUUGUCAUUCAAACUGAAUGACAAACUGCACACAUACAUUUUCAAAAUAUAGUCUAUGUUGGGUAUUUUAGUCAAUAAUAUGAGCAAAGUAAGUGUCCACUAAUUAUUCUGACUCAACUUGUCUAAAUAUGAACUGUGGGAGAAAAUAAUGUAGCCAAUCAUAUCCUUUUUUAAAAAAUUUCAUUUGAAUCUACCUCUAUCCAGCUGUUUUAAGUUCUCUAAAGUCUGUGCCUAGGAAAUUUUACUUUACUUUUGAUGAUCCUAGAUUAAUUAUCCACUUUAUGGGUUGUUUGACCAUUUGCUGCCAUUGUUAUACUAUUGCACAGUCUCUUCUACAUCAAAUAUAUUAUGUGUCAGCACCUUUCUUAAGAUGAGGAGAUGGAAGCUAUUGUGAAAUAACUUAAUGGUUGUCCUUGGGUUUCAUUGAUGUCUUUUGUUCUUUCUAUUCUUGUGGAUAAGAGAGCCAGCUACUGCUUCAGUUUUCCUUCUAUGAGUAAAUCCCUUGGCAGAAGAAAGCUACCAACACCCCCACUUUCAUGGUGCAUUGAAAAUGUGAUUCCAUUUUGACAAUUCUUCAGGGAACAUAUUUGCAGCAAGUGAAUGCAGGAGGCUGUUUCUCAUAACGAGUUUUAGAAUAAAACAUUUCUUCAGCAAACACUAUUAACUGUGGUUCACCUUUAAAGAUGUUCAUCUGAGGACUCUAUCCACUCAUAAUGGGGGAGGCAUUUUCCUGGAGCAGUUGGACAGGUUCCAUCUCCCCCUGCUGUCCAUUACUGAGAAAAAAAAAAUGGAGCCAUUUAAGUUAAAUGGUUUAAUUAAAUCUUGAAUUCAGAUUUGGAAGGAGAAGAUAAGAAGUUAAACCAUAGAGCCAUGUGGUCUCUUCAAGAUCGAGGCUGUGUAUAUGUGAAAAAGAUACAGAAUAAGAAUCUAUGUUCACAGACAAUCUGAAGUGUAUUUCUGAAAUGUGCGUAUUUUCCUUCUGUAAUAUUCUUUUACAGCUGUGUGCUAAAAUAGUGAAUAAUUUAAUGAUCCUAGAAGUAACAGGUUUUAUGUGACUGUGUGCUUGUAUAUGUGAGAAUUGCCUUAUUUUCAGGUUGUUUUAUUUAAUAAUGUUUCUUUUGACAGCAUUCUGGUGUUCAGAAACCACUAUGGAAUGUUUGUCAUUAAAUCCAUAUCAAUCUUUUA